CGGGUGACCUUUUACCUCGAAGAUGGCGGCGCCGGUCGCCCGCAGGAUCCUUAGAUUUUCAGCGUUUACGUCCGGGCACAGGCACAGGUCCUUCAGUGAGGAGAGCGAUCGCGGCCCCAAGGGUGAAAUUUGCUAUGAGAAGAUUUUAAAUAAUGGAGCCAUUCCAAAACAUCAGUUUGAUACUUCAGUCUUAAAGAAUGUCUUAAAUUUGCAAUUAGUGAAUGGACUUAAUUUCCCUGCGUGGGUCUAGCCACUCACACUCAUCAUUCUCCCAAAUUUACCUUUUAUGGAUUCUAAAUGCAGGAUGGCGGAUACAACUUCAGAACUGAGCAACAUCAAAGUAAGUGGUGAUAAGGCCUCCAAUAACGGAACAAAGUCAUGUCAUGAACAAGCCCCACCCAUGAAAUUUAGCUGAGAGCCUGUGCACAUGUCCCAUACCCAGUUUUAUCUUCCUUCAAACCUGUUGAAGAUUUAGAAGAAAUUGAAAAGUUUGUAAAUGGAAAAUAUAUUUAAAGAAAAAUCAACUGAAACAGUUUUCAAUCGUUAAUGGUAUUAAACCUGUAAACGUAACUUUGCUGGAUCAAAUAACAACAGCACAAAAAGAUUGUUACUUGUCUUUUCACCCGUUUAUUUCUUCGAGCUCAGCCGGCGAGUGAACUUGGACCCAACAUCAGGGAGAGACUCUUUCUCAUCUCCCCGGCAGUUCUACAAGUUCACUGCCCGAUGUCAGAAUUGUCAGAAGUUAUAAGGCCACCGAUACAAAAGAACAAUCAGUUUGAUAACCAUUCCGGUCAAGUCAAUGGUCUAUUGAUACAGAGAACAAUCAGUCUGAUAACUAUUCCGGUCAAGUCAAUGGACUAUUGAUACAAAAGUACAAUCAAUUUGUUAGACACUCCAGCCACCUUAAUUAAAGAAAAGAAUGUCCUACCUGGUUUGCUGGAGCCACAACUUAAUUACAAAGAUUGCUAAUCGAGUCUUCUCCGGAAUUCAGCCAACUGGAGUUCCUCACCUGGGAAACUACUUUGGAGCAAUUGAGAGCUGGGUGAGGCUGCAGGAUGAACAUAGCUCCAUUCUGUACAGUAUUGCGGAUCUGCACUCCAUCACUGUUCCUCAGCAUGCUGGCAUACUCAAGCAAAACAUUCUCGACAUGACAGCCAGUCUCUUGGCAUGUGGUAUUAACCCUGAGCAAUCAGUCCUAUUUCAACAAUCCAAGGUCUCGGAACACAAUGAAUUAGGUUGGAUUUUGGGCUGUCUGACAAGUAUGCCGCGAUUACGUCAUUUACCUCAGUGGAAGAUGAAAACCUCUAGUCAGAAGGAAGAAGGAAGUUUGGGUCUCUUUACCUAUCCAGUCCUGCAAUCGGCAGAUAUUCUGUUAUACAAGUCAACCCACGUACCUGUUGGAGAGGAUCAAUUGCAACACCUAGAAUUGACACAGGAUUUAGCCCGAAUCUUCAAUAACCAAUAUGGCUGCUUUUUCCCUAUACCAAAAGCUAUUCUAAGUGAAGCCAAAAAAAUUAAAUCACUGAGAAAUCCGGCCACAAAGAUGUCAAAGUCAGACUCUCAAAAGUUAGCGACGGUGUACAUCAAUGAUUCAGCAGAGGACAUAUUAUUGAAGUUUCGCAAAGCAGUUACAGACUUCACCUCUGAAGUGACAUAUGACCCUGAAACACGGCCAGGAGUAUCAAAUCUGAUAGCAGUGCACACAGCAGUGACUGGAAAGACGAUUGAGGAGGUUGUGCAAGAUAGCAAAGGAUUGGACACUGCACGCUACAAAUAUGUGGUAGCUGAGGCAGUCAUUGAGAAAUUUGCACCAAUUAAGAAUGAAAUUGAAAGACUUAGAACAGAGCAAGGUUUCCUGGAACAGGUUUUGUAUCGUGGAGCUGAAAAGGCGAAAGAGCUGGCUCACCCGUUUUACCAAGAAAUCCAAAAGCUGGUUGGCUUUAGCUAACCAUUUUUAAAUUGUGAACUAUGAUAGCAUUGUUGCAAAUUUUAUUGAACUAAGCGUUUGGUAGAAGAUGUACUUUAUGGGUGCUGAGUGCUUAUUUAAGGUACAUCAUUCAAACAUUCCUUUUGUUCUCUUCUAAACCUUUUGGUCUCUACCUUUAACUGUUCUCGACAAGAGAUCAUCAACCUGAAAUUGUUUUUUUUCUCCACAGACACUUCCUGAUAACCUGCUGAGAAUCUCCUGUAUUGUCUGUAUAUAUUGUAUUAAAUUUCAAAAUGUGUUCAGAUUAACACUAAAUGACUAUAAUACACUUUAUUCUAAACUAUACAUUAGAAAACAGACCAAUGAAAAGCUCAUUAGUUUAAGGGAAGAGGUGUUCAAGGUUGACCUAACACUCCGGAAAAAACAACAUUUUUUUAACAUGCCCUUCAAAGUCAAAUUGGAUUCAAAUUAUUUUCCAAAGCAAACAAGAUGUAUGAAACCAAACAGUGUUAUCUAGCAUAUUUUUCAUUGAGAAUUCAAAUCUGUAACAUGCAUUGCCAUCUGUUUUCCUAAGGCAAAAAGAAAAUGGUUUUAUUUUGAUUGGAUUUGAUCCCGAGUUAAAGAGGAAAAUUUUCACACCUAGCUCCCAUACUAAUAUCCCUGAGCACUUGUGUUAACGUAUAGCACAGUAAGUGUUCUCAUGGUUUUGCCAUGACUUCACAAUGGAACCUCGUGCAGAGGGAAGAAACUUGAAGGAGGAUAUGUGAGAAUCCUGUUUCGCACAUUUCAGCUAACUAAAGACAAAAAGAGGUCAAGAAGCACUGCUCUCAGAAAAUGAACCAAAAAUAUAUGAGAAGAAAACCGGAUUAAAAUUUGUGCUCUGUCAAUUAAAUGGGUAAAAGUUGCUACUAAACAUGCCUGUGAGUGUUUCAAAAUAGAAUCAAUCUUUGUUAGUGAAAACCUGAAGAAUUAAAUGCACAUCUGAAUAUCUAUGAUAUAUACGGAACUGUCUUGUAAGGACACAAAUGGUCUUGUUUCUCUGUUGAUUGAAAUGAGACCACGAGGAGUACAGCAUUGCUCGUGGUUAUAUUUACAUAAAUAUUGCAAACAGUCUGAUGAAACGGAAAAAGGUAAAUCAAAGAAUUGUGAAUUUGAUGUAAAUCGGUCAUCUAGAUAUAAAGAAAGCAAAUCUAAUAAUGAUUGUAAAAUAUACUUUCUACUUACUGA